AUGUUUGUGCACGGGAAAGCACUGAAUGCAGUGAGUGUGCGACAAAACGGGCGAGUUGUAUGUCUAGCUGAGCGGCCGCGAGGUUCCGGCGGAACGGCUCGCAUCAAGCCCGCUUGGGCUGGCACCGACGAGUUGCUGUCGAAGCUCACGAACUUGCUCAUUCAGACACCGUGGGUGUAUCGCAUUCUGAAGAAGCAAGCAAAAGCGGUUAUGGUACGGACAGCAGCGUCGCGUGGCAUUGACUGGAGCGGUUGUGCUGCUGCUUUAGAAGAAGCGGGUGUUUCAAAGUACUUUGCACCGCGCACAGACCUGGUGUACCCCGCAUACUACACCAAGCCGUUUCAUGCGUACGAUGAGGGAAACUUGUGCUGGCUGGCCGCGUAUGAGGUAGAGCCGGCAACCUACGCCAUGGCGCUUCGCGUAUGGCCCCAGGAGCGGGAGCUUUCCUGGCGAGACGCCCAGCGACGUCUGCGUCACUGCUUUCUUGACCAGGUCACGCGCUUCAUGGCGGACCCCGGAGACUUGCGAAUCGACCGUGUGCGUUUCACGCUGGAUGUUGGCUGUGGCGCUGGAAUCAGCACACGCUUCCUCGCAGAGUACCUGGCGCGCAACAUACCCCGAGACGACGCUUUGCGCGUGCUCGGUAUCGACCCGUCACCGUAUUUCCUGGCCGUGGCCAACUUGCGGAACGAAAAGGCGAACGCGCUAGAUGUGCAGAGACUUCCGCCAAACGUUCGCAUUGAAUACCAGCAAGCAUUGGGCGAAUCGCUGCCGCUUGCUGACAGUGUCGUGGACCUGGUUACACUACAGUUCGUCCUGCACGAGUUGCCGCGAGAUGCAGCCGAGUCUGUCUUUCGUGAGCUUGUGCGAGUCACUCGAGACCGUGGCUGCAUCGCAAUGGUGGACAACAACCCGCGCUCGCCCGUCAUCCAAAACUUGCCGCCGGCGCUCUUCACGCUUAUGAAAUCAACGGAGCCGCAUUCCGACGAUUACUACACUUUUGACGUGGAAGCAUGUUUGCGCCAGAUUCCCGGGAUCGAACGGGUUCAGGUGACGGCAUGCGAUCCUCGCCAUCGUGCCAUCCUUUGCCGUGUUCGUAAAUCUACGUAG